AACCCUCUCGAGUCUCUUCCCUCGCGCCCCCGCCCUCCCCCCAACAUAAACCCUACUCUCUAUCCUUCUCUCUGAGCGAUGGCUGCCAUGAUUCAACCCCAGAUCAUUCUGCUAAAGGAAGGCACAGACACGUCGCAGGGGAAGGCCCAGCUGAUCAGCAACAUUAACGCGUGCACCGCCGUUGUUGAUGCCAUCAGGACGACCCUCGGCCCCAGGGGCAUGGAUAAGCUCAUCCACGACGACAAGGGCAACACCACCAUUUCCAAUGAUGGUGCCACCAUCAUGAAGCUCCUCGACAUCGUCCACCCGGCUGCCAAGAUCCUCGUCGAUAUCGCCAGAUCUCAGGAUUCGGAGGUAGGUGAUGGAACAACUACAGUUGUCCUUCUUGCAGGAGAGUUUCUAAAAGAGGCAAAGCCUUUCAUUGAGGAUGGUGUUCAUCCUCAAAAUCUUACACGUAGUUAUAGAACUGCGUGCAGUUUGGCAGUUAACAAAAUCAAAGAGCUUUCUGUCAGUAUAGAGGGCAAAAGCCUCGAUGAAAAGCGUCGUUUAUUGGGAAAAUGUGCUGCAACGUCUUUGUCAUCGAAGCUGAUUGGUGGAGAAAAGGAGUUUUUUGCAUCCAUGGUUGUGGAUGCUGUAAUGGCAAUUGGUGAUGAUGAUAGAUUGAGCAAGAUUGGUAUUAAAAAGGUCCCAGGUGGAACCAUGCGUGACUCUUUUCUUGUAAAAGGUGUUGCUUUCAAAAAAACAUUUUCUUAUGCUGGUUUUGAACAGCAGCCAAAGAAGUUUUUGAAUCCCAAAAUACUUUUGUUGAAUAUUGAAUUGGAGCUGAAGUCAGAGAAAGAAAAUGCUGAAGUGAGACUGUCAGAUCCAUCACAAUAUCAAUCAAUUGUUGAUGCUGAGUGGAAUAUUAUAUAUGAUAAACUAGACAAAUGUGUUCAAAGUGGAGCAAAGAUUGUGCUUUCAAGGUUGGCUAUUGGUGAUUUAGCAACACAGUAUUUUGCUGAUCGAGAUAUUUUUUGCGCUGGCCGUGUGACUGAAGAUGAUCUGCAACGUGUUGCUGCUGCAACUGGUGCUACUGUACAGACAACUGUGAACAACAUUGUUAAUGAGGUCCUUGGCUCUUGUGAGGUAUUUGAAGAACGACAAGUUGGAAAUGAGAGGUUCAAUAUCUUCAGUGGUUGUCCUUCUGGUCAAACAGCAACAAUCGUUCUACGUGGUGGAGCAGAUCAGUUCAUUGAAGAAGCAGAGCGAAGUCUUCAUGAUGCUAUAAUGAUUGUUAGAAGAGCACUAAAGAAUUCUAUUGUUGUGGCUGGUGGCGGUGCUAUUGAUAUGGAAAUCAGUAAGUACUUGAGGCAGCAUGCACGGACAAUAGCUGGAAAGUCACAGCUUUUUAUAAACUCAUACGCCAAAGCACUUGAGGUCAUUCCACGACAGUUGUGUGAUAAUGCUGGCUUUGAUGCAACUGAUGUUUUAAACAAGCUCAGACAGAAGCAUGCACUAUCAUCUGGGGAUGGUGCACUUUAUGGAGUUGACAUCAACACUGGUGGAAUUGCAGACUCGUUUGCAAAUUUUGUAUGGGAACCCUCAGUUGUCAAGAUGAAUGCAAUAAAUGCUGCUACUGAGGCAGCUUGUCUUAUACUUAGUGUGGACGAGACUGUGAAAAACCCAAAGUCUGAGAGUGCACAAGGUGAGGCUGCUGCAAAUGCAAUGGCAGGCCGGGGUGGCACAGCCUUCCGAGGUCGUGGCCGAGGCAUGAGAAGGCGAUGAUUUCCAUAAACCUCUACAUUCAGAUCAGUGUUUCACUAUCUCCGCUUUUUUUUGUGAGCGAGAAUUUUGUAUUAGAGUAAUGACUGCUUACAGCAUUGUAUUUUUUUGGUUCAGAAUCUUUUAUAUUUACCUUUUAUUUUGGUGACUUUCUAGGUCUGUGAGAUGUUCUUCAAGUUCAUUUUCUCUUUUUUUCCCCCUUUUUUGGGGGUUUCUCCUCACCCUGCUAAGUCUAUAUUAUGUUUUAACAAGAUUUAGCUCAUUAAUGUUCAUCGGAGACAAACUUGAAUGCCUUGGAUUGGAGAUUGCUUCAGAAUCAAACUGCAUUGCUUAA